CUUCGCCAGGGCUCGCCCCUCCUGUUCUCUCUUCCACGCUGGCCCCGCCCCUCCAGCACCCCAGGCUGCCAGCGCCUGUCACCUCUUCCAGAGCUCAGACGGGCGGGCGAGCCUGGGCAGCUGUGGCUGGAGAACAGACUGGGAGAUUGGGAGCUGGGACUGGGCUCAGGUGAGCACUGACUGAGGCUGGUGUUGAUUCUGCCCCGGGACCCUCCAACCCAGCUGCCCCCGGGUGGCCCGGCUCCAUCACCCCUCAAGGAUGCCCCUGCGGCCUCGGCUUCUGCUCCUGUGUCUGUGGGGGCUGCUGCUCCAGCAGGCGGAGACAGACUCAGAGGGGCAGACGACGGGGGAGCUGUACCAGCGUUGGGAGCGCUAUGCCCGGGAGUGCGAGGAGACCCUGACGGCUGCAGAUCCUCCCUCAGGCAUGGUCUGUAACGGGUCCUUUGAUAUGUACGUCUGCUGGGACUACACGGCCGCCAACACCACUGCCCAGGCGUCCUGCCCCUGGUAUCUGCCCUGGUACCGCCACGUGGCUGCAGGCUACGUUUUCCGCCAGUGUGGCAGUGACGGCCAGUGGGGGCCCUGGAGAGAUCACACUCAGUGUGAGAAUCCAGAGAAGAACGGGGCCUUUCAGGACCAAAGGCUGAUCCUGGAGCGCCUGCAGGUUGUGUAUACCGUGGGCUACUCCCUGUCCCUGGGCACUCUGCUGCUAGCCCUGCUCAUCCUAAGUUUGUUCAGGUGUGACCCCGCCCCCCCAGCCCCGCGUGAUGGGGUGGAGACACGGGCCUCAGUUUACUUACGUGCUGAGUUGGGAGAUGGGGUGGUUCUGGGGGAAGGGCCGGAGGAGGGUGGUUGGAGGGACUCUGAGGACAGCUCUCCAGGGACUCCCAGCCCUUUUGUCUCUCAAAUCCCCCAGGCGGCUGCACUGCACUCGAAAUUACAUCCACAUGAACGUGUUCUUGUCUUUCAUGCUUCGGGCGGUGGCCAUCCUCACCCGGGACCGGCUGCUGCCUACCCUGGGUCCCUACCCUGGGGACCGGACCCUUACCCUGCGGAACCAGGCCCUAGCCGCCUGCCGCACGGCCCAGAUCGUGACCCAGUACUGCGUGGGUGCCAACUACACUUGGCUGCUGGUAGAGGGUGUAUACCUGCACCAUCUGCUGGUGAUCGUGGGAGGCUCGGAAAAGGGCCACUUCCGCUGCUACCUGCUUCUUGGCUGGGGGGCCCCCGCGCUUUUCGUCAUUCCUUGGGUGAUCGUCAGGUACCUGCUGGAGAACACGCAGUGCUGGGAGCGCAACGAGGUCAAAGCCAUUUGGUGGAUCAUUCGCACCCCCAUCCUAAUAACCAUCUUGGUAGGGCCAGCCUCGCCUCCUCCAGGCUGUGCUCAGGGAUUUCCCAUUCUGGGGAAGUGGAGUGCCAGCCUCCUGUCCCACCCCAGAACCGAACAGCUUCUGGCUCAGUCUCUCUCUCCUCACAGAUCAAUUUCUUCAUCUUCAUCCGCAUCCUUGGCAUCCUUGUGUCAAAACUCAGGACGCGGCAGAUGCGCUGCCCGGACUACCGACUGCGGCUGGCUCGUUCCACGCUGACGCUGGUGCCCCUGCUGGGUGUCCACGAGGUGGUGUUUGCCCCCGUGACGGAGGAACAGGCUGAAGGCACCCUGCGCUUCGCCAAACUGGCCUUCGAAAUCUUCCUAAGUUCCUUCCAGGGAUUUCUGGUGAGCGUGCUCUACUGCUUCAUCAACAAAGAGGUAGGAGAGGCCGGCCUGCUCGCGCCCCCUGGUGGCCAUGCCGGGAACGGCGCCGCCCUGAGCGCCCCACGUUGCAGGUGCAGUCGGAGAUCCGCCGGAGCUGGCGCCACCGCGUCCUGCAUCUCAGCCUCCGGGAUGAGCGUCCCUGUCCGCACGCGGAGCUCGGCCCCCAGGCCCUGCCCUCGCGUUCUGCACCCCGGGAGGUCCCCAUCACCGGCAGCACCUUGCCCUCGGGGCCGCUGCACGGGCCUGGAGAGGAGGUCUUGGAAAGUUACUGCUAGAGGCGGAGCCAACUUGAAGAGCUGGAGGACGAGGUUCCAGGCGAAUGGAAUACCACGUGAGGAUGCCCUGCGAACGGGAAAGAUGGAGAAGGGCCUCCGAGCCUCGCCUGGGGACAGCAGGGGCCUGCAGAUGGAGAGAUGGGCAGGGUGUGGAAACUGGGCUUCCAGCCCAGGUGCACUGAAAAUUUCUUCUCAUUUUGUGUACGACUGUUCUGCCCGCAUGGACGUAUGUGCGCCUCGUGCCCGAAGGAAGGCCUUCCCUAUGCCUGAAGGGCAGAAGAUCCCCUGGGGCUGGAACUCCGUGUCUGCAGCCCGGAGUGCAGCAGAGGUGUCUGUGUCCUCCUGCUCCACAAGGACGGAUUAUGAGGGGGCAGGUUGUGAACGGGAAGCCCGGUGUGAGGAAUGCAGGCGGCUGGACCAGGAGGGAGACCACAGAGCGGUGAUGGAUUUGCUGAGGGAUGCCGGGAGAGGGAUCAAAGGAGACUGCUGUGACAAACACGGAGAUCAGAGGGCUCUUGGUUUGGGGUGGGAGUGCACCGAACGAAGUUAGGCUGUGGGAGCAGGGUACUGAGGGUUAAAUAAGAGCAGGCUUCUGCCGAACCCUGCUGAAUCCAGGCAGCCAGCCGCACUGCUGGCAGUUAGGACACACCCUUCCACCCCCCAGAGAGGGCUGGGAGAAGUUCGGGGAUGCAGUCUCAUUGUGGCUGGUCCACCUGCACACGCACGAACCUCCUCAGCUGGUAGGGGGUGCUGGACUUUCCCCAGAGAGCCCUGCCCCGGAGCCGACACUGCACUCCGCACCUCGGGCUUUGGCUUCCGGUGCAGCUGGAGGCCCUGGUAAAUCAAGCCUGAGGAUCAGUAGCUUCUUUAUGGGGUGGGAGACGCAGCUGGAAAGGGAGGUGACUAGGGAGAGUGUGAUGAGUAGGGGUCAGCUGAAGCCACAAGGAAGCAUGAACAUCACACUGCCACUGUGCCCUAAGGGGAUCUUGAUUGGAAACUAUUUAAGACACACACACACACACACACACACGUUAACGUUGUGUGUAUGAGCCUGCUGCCCCUCUAGAAAGGUCACACCGAAAGUGUAAAGCUGGGACACCUAUGAUCAGUCUGGGCACUUGGUGGCGCGCGCGGGGGGGUGACGUUGAGUUGAAGGUCAUCUUGACAGAAAGCAAGUUGAAUAUUUAAACUUUGUGACACCUUAUCUCAAAUAAACAGUAAAAGUA